GGCACGAGAAGGAGAGAAAAAAAAAAAGCAAACUGGAGACUCAUUCGCCCCCACAGUGUCCGAUCUUCGCCAUUCCCUCUCCGACGUCUCCACCGGCCGCUCGCUGCGCGCCGCUCCUCCAGCUGUAGCAGCUGCUCCGGCCGCUCUCUCUCUCUCUCUCCCUCUCUCCCCCCCUCCUCCCCCCGGUCUGGACGGUAGUUUCUUCCCUGGAUGCUGGAUGAACCAUCGGAGAGUUGUGAACAAGUGUGAGAAGAGCGCCGAGGAUCUGCGUCCCCGCUCCGUCCAGGGAAGACGAGACUCAGCCGGAGUUGUGGACGACAAUGGAGGGGACGUCCCUGUAUCUCCCUAUUGUUAUUUUACUGAUGCAAUGUUCCCCGUCUGUUCCCGUGACCGUGAAGACCGCCAGACAUAUGGUGGAGGUGGAGGAGUUCUCAGAUGCAGUGCUGUCAUGCCAGUUCCACACCGAGGUGGACCAGAACCCGCGCAUCGAGUGGAAAAAGAAGACGAAAGAGACUCAAGAGGUCUCCUUCGUUUACUUCGAGGGACGCUUCAAAGGUCCCUUUGAAGGCAGAGCAACCAUCAACGGAGCGACAGUGACGCUGCACAAGGUGACCCAGGAGGACGCCGGAGAGUACCGAUGCGAAAUCAGCGCUUCCCUUGACCCCGUCACCCUGGGCGAGACCAACGUCACGCUUAACGUCUUAGUUCCCCCACAAACCCCGUCAUGUGAAGUCCCCGCCUCGGCUGUGACAGGAUCAGCGGUGCAGCUGCGCUGCCGGGACCAGCAGAGCGUCCCACCUGCUACAUACUCAUGGUUCAAGGACAACAAGCCAAUCAGCCCACCCCGUCACGCCAACGCGACCUAUCUAAUCAACUCCCACACGGGAAUACUGGAGUUCAAAUCCUUGGCCAAAGAGGACAGUGGUCGCUACAGCUGCUUGGCGUCCAACGGGGUGGGCUCCCCCAAAAUGUGUGUAGGGAAGCACAUGACGAUAGAGGACGUCAACGUCACCAUGAUUGUUGGAGCCGUGGUGGUGGUCUGCCUGCUUCUUUUGGUGUGCGGCUGCGGGGGGAUGCUUCUGCAUCGGAACGGCUUACUCACGCAAGGACCCAGAGGGAGCGGAGCGGGACAUGAGUCAGAACGCAGCUGUCUGAUCUGGUGUGCUUAUUGGCUUUGUGUUUCAGAUCCAACGUCAACUACACCCCCCCACCCCAAGAACCCCAGGAUUUCAAACACACACAAUCAUUCAUGCUCUGAGGAGCCGCCUCUCCUUCAACGGACAGUAACCUCCCCCUCCUCCUCCUCCCACAUGAGGUGCCAACUACAGAUUCGGAUCUUUCCCUGCUUUUUGAGUCCAAUCAACCUUUUAAUCUUCCAGAAAAAUCCCUUUUUUUUUUGUUCUUUUCUUUGGUAAAGUAUUAUCUUUUACCCAUCAACAUCCAUUGCUCUUAUGGGACUAAAUGCAGCCUUUUGUUACUCUGCUGCCCCCUACUGGUUAGAGCUUGAAAGUGAUUUUUUGUAACCAAAGACUGAGGUUGAAUUCAAGUGACUUUUGUUUUGUUUAAACUGAAUCUAAGGGGAAUCUUCUGAAGCCAUACUGAAUCUUUUCAGUUGUUCCCCGACUGCUCAGACUUACAGCUUACCUCCAAGUCUAUAUUCUGUCUUCCGUCUCAGGCCCUAACAGUCAACCCCCCCGCCCUGCCCAGUAAUAACAGGAGGAAGAAUCCAACUCAUUGAACUUGAAUCCAACCCCGUUCCAUCCUGAUGUGCCUGCAUGGUCUUCUUUUAUAAAUGUAAACAUCUAUCUACAGUAUACCUUGUGCCUUUUUAAUUUGACUGUCAUAUCUAUCUCGGGAUCACACUGUUUUGUAAACAGACUUGCCUUACUUUUCUGUCUUUAUAUAUUCUUGUGCCACUGUUUAUUGAAUGCAAGUGGAUGACUUGAGAGUUUUAUUUGAAUGGUGGAUCAAUAAAGUUUUUUUCUAUUAAAUA